CAAUAGCCUCUAUAAAUUUGGAGAGCAUCUUUACAUAAAUAGAGAGAAUCUUUAAUAAUAAAGAGUUCAAAUUUAAACUAAUUUCAGUAGGCUCUUCAAAAUCAUUUUAUUUUUUAUUAUUUCACUUUCCCUCUUUUUUUUAUCUUUGCUAUUUUCACUUUCCCUCUCAUAUUUCACGAUGUCUUCACUUCCAAUUUCUUGUUCCACAAUAAAACCUGUACAAAUACAACAAAAAUUAGAAUCAAAUUAAAUAUCUUGAGAUUAAAAGUAGCAAGAAAGUUUGCGGUGGAGGAAAACUACAUCAACAUCUUUAAGUAUCAUGCCAUAAAUCUCCAUUUGCAGCAGUUGGUCUUUCUAUUAUUUGUUGCUAAGUGAGUUUCACUUUCUUUCUGCAACAACAUGCUCUCUACAAAUUUAAUUAAUUUUUGUUUUGAUGAUUCUGAUUCUGAUGAUGAAUUAGAGUUGAUAGUAUCUACAAUAGGAGAGUCACUCAAUAAAAAAAGGACGUUGUAUCCCAGGUUACUUCACAGUCGUACUUAUAUAUGGCGUAAUAGAAUACAUGGCCAUUUUAAACUUUAUAAUGAUUAUUUUGGAGAAAAUCCUGUUUAUUCUCCAAGUGCAUUUCGUAGGAGAUUUCGAAUGAGUCGAUCUCUUUUUAUUUGUAUACAAUCAGCCGUUGAAUCUUGUGACCCAUAUUUUGUUCAAAAAAGAAAUGCUGCCGGAUUAUUGGGGCUGUCUUCUCUCCAAAAAAUAACCGCUGCAUUAAGGAUGCUUGCGUAUGGAGUUGCAGCUGAUUAUGUCGAUGAAUAUGUUAGAAUAGGUGAAAGCACUGCAAUUGAAAGUCUCAAAAAAUUUGUUGAGGCAAUAAUUUCAAUUUUUUCAGAAAAAUACAUGAGAUCUCCUACAAAGGUUGAUACUGAUAGAUUGUUAAAAGAAGGGGAUAGUCGUGGGUUUCCUGGAAUGUUAGUAAGUAUUGAUUGUAUGCAUUGGAAAUGGGAAAAUUGUCCAGUUGCUUGGAAAGGGAUGUAUGUUGGUCAUGUUCGUGAACCAACGUUAGUUCUUGAAGCUAUCGCUUCAUAUGAUCUUUGGAUAUGGCAUGCAUUUUUCGGAUUACCAGGAUCGCACAAUGAUAUUAAUGUCUUGGAGCGGUCUUUCUUAUUUACAGAACUUGCCGAAGGACGAGCUCCGCCGGCUAACUAUUCGGUCAAUGGUCAUGAAUAUAACAUGGGAUACUAUCUUGCGGAUGGUAUUUAUCCUUCAUGGUCAACAUUUGUAAAAACAAUUCCAUUGCCACAAUCUAAUAAGCACAAACAAUUUGCUACAGCUCAAGAGUCAGCUAGAAAAGACGUUGAACGCGCAUUUGGAGUGUUGCAAGCACGAUUUUCGAUCGUUCGUGGGCCAGCCCGUUUUUGGCAUCGUGAAACUCUCAAAAGCAUUAUGAAAGCUUGCAUUAUAUUACACAAUAUGAUUGUGGAAGACGGAAGACAUGUUAAAAAUCAAGAUUAUAAUUAUGAUUCAUUUGAUGUCAAUCUUGAUAUAUCAGUCUCGCGAGAGCGUUCAGCGGAUUUUUUGGAAUUUGUUUAAUGUCAUCGUCGGAUUAGGGACAGAGAUACUCACUUUCAACUACAACAAGAUCUAAUAGAGCAUAUAUGGAAUACUCACGGAAGUCAUAACUGAAUUUCAACAUUCUGAAAAUUUCUUAGAUGAACUUGCAAAUUUUUCAGUGUCUGCUGUUGUUUCUAAGUUCAAGGGUCCAAGUAUUUUUGGCAUGAUUCGGUUUGUUCAAGUGAAUAUGGAAUUAGCAAGGACUGAAGCAAACUUUCGUGGAUUGUUACCUGGAAAAAAUGGUUGGUCCAUCAAUGAAGGUCCAUAUUUGCUUAGAUUGAUAUAUCAUGGAGCCUUUUAAACUCUUUUUUCUUGUUUUAUUUAUGUUCUGCUUUUACUUCACUACAAUUCUGCUUCCUUGUUGCUUUGUACUAAUUAGUAUACUGAUUGUUUGACAUUUGAAACAUGCUUGUUUUUUUAUUUUA